GUCCGAUGACUUUACGGGCAGCUGGAAUCAUUAGAAGACACCUAGGGGACCGAAAGUUAAAAACAAUUGGCCUGCUGAACUCAAAGCCGAGAAAUUAAAACGACCUUAACUUCUUCGCCUAUUCUCGCCGAAGUCGCAUGUCCUAAGUCGCAGGUCGCAGGUACAAAGCCUUGCAACUCCAGGCGGUCUACACACAUUUAACAACACCUCUAAUAUCAUAUUUCACAUGAGACGUGUCACGCCACCAUUGGGAUCAAUCCUAUCUAUUCUGUCUACGGUCUAGCCCUAGACGUUGCCGCUGCCGUGUCCUGUUGUGUUGUACAAGAAGAAAAGGCUGUGUGUAUCAGGAGAUUGAAUACCAAGUAGACGGUGGCGAGGGCGGAUGAUUUUAGUUUCUUCUUGUUUCUUCCGCUUUUCUGUUUCGUCGAUAUUUAUGUCCCCGAGUGUUUAUAACUGUCUUUCCCUACGGUCAUCACACCGUACCGGUCCUACAUACAUACAUACCUAUUUUACUGAAUACUCAAAACAACAAAAGAGAAUAAGAUAUUAAAACCCCUUAAGAUCACCUGCACUCAUCUUACUUUUCUUACACGAUGUGUAUCGUUCUUAUCACAACGGCCCACCCGAAAUAUGCUCUUAUAGCUAUCGACAACCGGGACGAAUACAUCCUCAGACCCACAAGUCGACCUCACUGGUGGACACAUGAACCCUCUGGUGAGAAGAUACUAUCAGCAAGAGACCUGUAUCGUCGCGAGCGAGGAACAUGGUUGGGUGUUACCAAGAGCGGUCGUUUCGCCAUCUUGACGAAUUACCGGGAGUCGAGUGAAGAUGAUCCGGACCCGGAUCACGCCAUCUCCGGGAUCAAAAGCCGGGGCGGCAUGGUCACUGGUUGGCUAGGCGCUCCGUCCGAGCUCGGACUCGACGAUUUCGUUAAUUCGAUGUUAGAAGGUCGUGCUGCGAAAGGUGUCGGAGGCUUCUCGCUCGUUUGCGGCGAUCUUAAGCAGAAAACAGACAAGGAUAUCAAACCGCUCGCCAUCAUUUCCAAUCGGUGGGACCACGUCGGCGAUGUCCCGUGGAUAGGUGGAGAACGCGGACAGACGUACGGUCUUAGCAAUGCGGUUUAUGUUGAGCCUCCCAAAUGGGAAAAAAUUAAAAUCGGGGAGAAGCUGAUGGUGGAAGCGAUACAAGAAGCAGUUGACAAGGACCUAAACGAAGACGACUUAACCGAACGACUCUUCAAGGUUCUCGAUCAUGAUACCUUACCCCUGGAACCGAAGAUGACCUUCCAAGAACACAUGGACGCGCUUCGGAAGUCUGUUUUCAUCCGAAGUUUUGCGGAGGAUCAAGGAUGGAAGGAAAUGGCUAGCGCUGCCGACGAAGGAAGGGCGAAGGCGGCUUUUGAUGAGAUUGAGGACCCCAGCGACCCAGAAGACCAACCGAAAGAAAGCUCACAUGGCUAUUUUAUGAAAGGUGCUUACGGCACUCAGAGACAGACCAUCAUCCUUUUAGACUGGGAGGGGAAUCUGACGUAUAAAGAGCGGGCACUAUGGGAUUCUCAUGGAACCCCAAUUGAAAGGGGAAAAGGAGAUGAGACGUUUAAAUAUAAGAUAGAAGCCUAAAAGACAUAGAUGUUCAAUGAAUAAAGUAUCACAACUUA